AAUAAGUAUAAAACCCGGCUCAUCUAUUUUACGUCUAAACCGUUACACACUCUAUAUAUAAACGAAGGAAGAUCACACGUGAAAAUAGUCAUCAACCAAAGUAAGAAGCGCACACACACAACAUAUUUCUUUCACUACCCAAAGAGAUGGCGACAUCGGGAACAUAUGUGACGGAGGUUCCAUUGAAAGGAUCGGCGGAUAAACACUACAAGCGGUGGAGAGAUGAGAACCACCUCUUCCCCGAUGCCAUCGGCCACCACAUCCAAGGUGUCACUGUCCACGACGGUGAAUGGGACUCUCAUGAAGCCAUCAAGAUUUGGAACUAUACAUGCGAUGGGAAACCGGAAGUGUUCAAGGAAAGGAAAGAGAUAGACGAUGAGAAUAUGGUGAUAACGUUCAGAGGACUAGAAGGUCACGUCAUGGAGCAGCUUAAAGUGUAUGAUCUCAUAUAUCAGUUCAGCCAAAAGUCUCCCGAUGAUAUCGUAUGCAAGAUCACAAUGAUUUGGGAGAAGCGAACCGAUGAUUCGCCUGAGCCUAGCAACUACAUGAAGUUCCUCAAAAGCGUUGUUGCUGACAUGGACGAGCAUGUUCUCAAAGCCUAAAUCCCUUUCGAACCAUCGUCAUCACCUAUCAUCAUCAUCAUCAUCAUCAUCAUACAUCUCCCUUUGUGUGUGUACUUGUAUGGGUGUUUGAAUCUUUCAUUUGCGUAGUACAAAAUCAUUUUUAAAUAAAUUAUGGUUUGAGUAUACAGAUGUUACAAUGGGCCUGGGCUAAGCAGAUAUCUCAAAUUAUCCAAAUGUUUUUCUUGAUCAUGCCAUUGAAAUGGUCAUCAAGAAAACACACUUAAUUGCUUAUACAUAUAUCGAAAUAACUACAAAAUUACAAAUCAUUCACAAUAGAAAGGAUAAAAUAGUUCACUAAGUGACAAAAAAUUUAAACG